GAAGAUUACGUCGCUUUCUUUUAUGUACCUGUUCCGCUUAUAUACAAGCAGUCGCUAGGGUCGCAUACGUUUAUUUGAUUUAAAAACGGUGUGUAUUUGAAACGUAAAUGUUUUCAAGGAUAUUGAGUGGUUUUGUUCAUUUUGAAGCGUUCGUGUUUUAGUUUUUGUUACGGAUAUAUACUUAAUCUAACACCAAGAGCCGAAAUGAGCGGAAACUACUACAAGAAAGUGAAAACUCCCCCGCCGCCCAAUGCCUAUGGCUUCCGACAGGUGAACAGCAAGGAACUUCAGGAGAUACUGAAGCGGGUAACCAAGGCAACCUACAGCGCCAAACUACACACCGAGGAGCAGCGGCAGGUAAACAACUACGAGCUCCUGCUAUCCGACGGCGGCCGACGGAGUGUUGCGUCGGCAUGUGGACGGCGGACGGCCUCGCGUAUAUCAUCAACGGACACUGCCGACGGCACUGUGGACAGCAGGAGCCGGCGAUUUACAGAGCGCGAGAUGCUGCGCCACAUCCGGAGGCUGCAGCGUCCCACGACUGCUACCAGUCUUCAUUCACGCGGGUACACAGACAGCGAUGAGGCUCAAAACUUGAAGGAAGGAAAACUAGUCCGUGCAAGAUCUGCUGACGUCAGUAGUCACAUAGCAAAAUCUUUGGUAAAACUACGCAGACCAACCACAGCAACGCUCGCAAAGACAGUCCACGCAUGCCAUCUAUGCUACGACCACGAAAACAAAAAGGAAUCUGACGAACCGGACGCAUUUGAUUUUGACUACUGCGACGAAAAAGUAGUCCUCGAAGAAGAACUUGAUUUUAUUGUUGAGCGGGUUUCCGCACCCACCUUCGCAAGUAACAAGAGCAACAUUUCAUGUCAGCGGAGUCCCGGAUACAUUGACGAAGUAAAAAUUCGAGAAAAUUUGCCUCUUUUGAGCGGAUUGAGACGCAGUAAAACUGUGAAGGAAAUCACCAAUAGGCUGUUUCCCUCUCGGAGACAUCAUGGUUUUGCACCCCAAGCUACCACGGUAGUCUCAUAUUGAUGUUAACCUAGCAUAAAAGAUUUUAAAUUUUGUUGUGUGCACACAAUUUGUUUCAUUGGUAAAUACUACUACUGGCGCCUGUAAUAGUUAUGUAUGUGUCAAUAAAGUAGUUUUUUUAAGA